AUGGCCGCCGAAACACACCAAUCCCCAAUUCAAAUUCUCACAUACAUCCGGCGCAACCGCUCCCUAACUCGCGCUCAAUUCUACACGCACUGGGAAAUGAUCCACGCCCCCAAAGUAUUGUUCCUUUUCCCCUUUCCCCCACCCCCAUUCCCACAACCACCGCAGAUCCACACCACCGGCUCAAUGGUGCCCAUCCCCUCUACCGCCUCCGCCCCCAACGCCCUGCACACCAUCGACCUACCCACCAUGCCCGUCGAAUUCGACGGCAUAGCGAUGUUUCUGGUCCCGUCUCUGGAGCAGUUUACCGCUGCGUUUCAGGAUCGGUAUUAUGUGGAGGUGAUUGAGCCGGAUGAGAGGGUGUUGUUGGACAAGGAGGGUCCGGGGAGUGGGAUUGUGGCGAGUUUUGUGGGGAGGGAGGUAAGGUUGGUGGAGGGCGGGAGGAGCACUGUUGGGGGGGAGGGGAUGAGUGGAGGGGUGUUUGGGGAGUUUGAGAGGAAGGCUGCUGCAGCGGAGGAGGACGAUGAUGAUGAUGGGAAUUGA